CUCUGCGUGUGUCGGUUCAAUUCUUCAUUUCGUUUUCUCUCUCUCUCUCUCUCUCUCUCUUUCUCUCAGUCCCGCACUAUUCACUCUCGUUAACCCCUCAAAUUAUUCCCACUUCAUUUCAAUCAUUCCCUCUUAGCAAAUCAUUAGCUAGAUCUCUUCUAUUUCUCGUUAAUCAUUAAGCUUUUGUUGAGUGUCACUACCACCUCCAGUUGUUUUUUUUUUUUCUUUAGCUCAAGUGAAUCAAGAUUUGGUUCUGGUUCAAUUCCCACGUGCGUUUUCGAGUUUUACCUUCCGGGUCUGUGUUGGAUCUUUUAAACAGGGUGGCAAAAAUGUUGGAUCCGAGUGAGAAAGGAUCAGAGUGUGAUGAUGUGAACAGAAAGAUUUCAUCAGAAGAAAGUAAUCAAGCGAACGAGAGCAAGAAGACCUGUGCCGAUUGUGGGACCUCGAAGACGCCUCUAUGGAGAGGCGGGCCAGCCGGGCCCAAGUCACUUUGUAACGCAUGUGGGAUCAGAAGCAGGAAGAAGAGAAGGGCAGUUUUGGGAAUAACAAAAGAAGACAAAAAGACGACCAAAAAGGGCAACAACAAUAACAAGCAGCAACUCGGAGAGAGUUUGAAACAGAGAUUGUACGCAUUGGGAAGAGAAGUUUUGAUGCAAAGAUCAACGGUUGAGAAGCAACGAAAGAAGUUGGGAGAAGAAGAACAAGCGGCUGUGUUAUUAAUGGCUCUAUCUUAUGGCUCUGUUUAUGCUUAAUAAUUUAGUAUUAUUAAUAAUAAUUAAUUAUUAUUAAUAUUAAUGUUAGGAUCCAAGUAUGUCACAUGACCAAAUUAUCCUGUGAUAAUUUUUGUUUAGGGUUUUUUUUUUUUUUGUUUUUGGGUUUUUAACUAACUGUAUUUUGGAAGUUGGUAGAAAA